GAGUUUCACUCUUGUCACCCAGGCUGGAGUGCAAUGGCACAAUCUCGGCUUACUGCAACUUCCGCCUCCUGGGUUCAAGGGAUUCUCCUGCCUCAGCCUCCUGAGUAGCUGGGAUUAUAGGCACACACCAUCAUGCCCAGCUAAUUUUUGUAUUUUUAGUAGAGACGGAGUUUCACCAUCUUGGCCAGGCUAGUCUCGAACUCCUGACCUCAGGUGAUCCACCCCCUCAACCUCCCAAAGUGUUGGGAUUACAGACGUGAGCCACGGCGCCCGGCCAAGAUUCUUUGUAAAGAAGCUAACUUGGAAUAGUUUAGUCACAGGCCUAUCUCAAGGGACCUUUUGAGAGCUUUACUAAAUCAAAGUUGGCAUGAAUUCAUUGUCAAUAUUGAGUGCCUAUUACUUGUAAGGCUCAGUAUGGUCUAAAGCAGGCAGGCUUGGCCUUAGAAUGUGAAACAAAGGAAGUAGGUGGUAAUAACAGAGACAGUCAACUCUGUAAUAGUGUAGAGCCUGGGCCUAGGAAUCAGACUCACCUGGGUUUCAAUUCCUAUUGCACCACUUACUAGCUGUGAGAUCCUGUGCAAGCCAAGGGAAUAUAUAAUGCCUACUUCAUAGAGCGGCCAGGAGGGAGAAUGAGAUCAUUGUAAAGGGUUUGCUGCAGUGCUGGCACAUAGUAAGUAUUCAGUUAAUGUUAUCCCCUGUUACUAUUAAUUUUUUUUUCUGAAUCCUAAUGAAGUGUCAAGAAUGUUUCCUUAGAAUCAUAAAACAGCUGGAGAUUGAAAAGACUUUUGAAGUUUUCCGGUUAUCUCCACUGUCCUGGGAGAGUACUUUCAUCCCUUUUCCGCUGACACUUAAAACCACGGAAUAAAUACUACAACUGGAUUAUUCUAAUUAGUGGUGGAAUAACAGGAAACAACAUGUGUGGAAAGGCCAAGGGAAUAUGUGGGGGAAGACGGAGACUAGUGGGAGAGGCACUGAGAGAGUGUAAGGGGCACACUCCAAAGGGAGAAAAUACAGGGAAGACAAAUAGAAAAAAAGACAGAAAAGAUGUCCUCAGACAAGUGUAAGGACAAGAGUGAGAAAAAGGAAAGAAGGAGAAUACAGAGGGACCUUAAUUUGUGAAUGCAGUCACCGACACGGUUUAAGAGUCAAACGUUCUGAGUUCUAAUCACUGUAAAAUGCAUGGUUAUAAAACAUACUGCUUAACUUCUCUGAGCCGUUUUCUUUAGAGUUUGCAGCGUAGAUUAGAUGAGAUUAGUGGGACGGACGCUCUGUUAAAGAGAAAACUCUUCAAAUAAGCCGUUAAGAAUGAGAGAGAAAGCUGCAGAAAAAGAGAAGUGGAAAGAGAGGGAGGAAAGGGAAAGUGUAAGAGGAAUUGUUCACAAGGCAGGUGAGAACUAAGGGAAACCACUGUAACGGUGCUGCUGUGGCUACUGCGGUGACUACUUCAGCACAUCAAGCGUUGACAACUUGCCAAGUUCGUUAUUAGAGUUCUACAUGCACAAUUUCAUGCUCCCCUCACAGCAUUUCUAUGGGGCUAGGUUCUUGUAUUUUCCGCGUUUUACAGAAGAUAUAGAGAGGUUUUGUAACUUUCCCAAGGUCUUACAACUGGGAAGUUGUGGCCAGGAAGGGAUUCAAACGCACGUCUGUUUACCUGUCAAGCCAGUGCUGUUAAAAUCAUCUCUAAGAACCUUGAAAAAGGCUCGGUUGCUAGUCAUCCCGUAGGUUCAACGCCGGCGCCCAGGCACCACUCGCCACGCCCUUUCUCCGCCCGGGGGUUUUGAAAGUUCCGCCUCUUCUCGAACGGCGUCCCGUCUCCAUGGAGAUCGGCGUGGGGCGAGACUUCCUGCCUCACGCGCGAGCACUUCCGCCUCGAGCCGGAAGCGCCGUCCUUCACAGCGAGAGUUCCUGCGCGUGGGGAGUUGGAGAGUUUGCGUGGCGGGAACGCGGCGGCAGUGAGAGCGAGCGGCGCCGGCUCUUGCGUCCGGUGCGGCGAUGCUGACCCCGGCGUUCGACCUCAGCCAGGAUCCGGACUUCCUGACUAUCGCCAUCCGCGUGCCCUACGCCCGGGUCUCCGAGUUCGACGUCUACUUCGAGGGGUCUGACUUCAAGUUCUACGCCAAGCCAUACUUUCUCAGAUUAACCCUUCCUGGAAGAAUUGUAGAAAAUGGAAGCGAGCAAGGGUCCUAUGAUGCAGAUAAAGGAAUUUUUACCAUUCGCCUGCCCAAAGAAACCCCUGGCCAGCAUUUUGAGGGGCUGAACAUGUUAACUGCUCUUCUGGCACCAAGAAAAUCCAGGACAGCAAAACCACUUGUGGAAGAAAUAGGUGCUUCUGAGAUUCCUGAGGAGGUAGUUGACGAUGAAGAGUUUGAUUGGGAAAUUGAGCAGACACCCUAUGAAGAGGUAUCAGAAAGUGAUUUGAAUCCGCAGUGCCACUAUGGAUUUGGAAACUUACGAUCAGGAGUGUUGCAGCGGUUACAGGAUGAAUUGAGUGAUGUUAUUGAUGUUAAGGAUCCAGAUUUCACCUCUGCAGCUGAACGAAGACAGAAGCGCCUAGCCGCUGAGCUGGCCAAGUUUGAUCCUGAUCAUUAUCUAGCUGACUUUUUUGAAGACGAGGCGAUUGAACAGAUUUUGAAGUAUAAUCCUUGGUGGACUGACAAAUAUUCAAAAAUGACGGCCUUUUUGGAAAAGAGUCAGGAGCAAGAAAAUCAUGCUACAUUAGUGUCUUUUUCUGAAGAAGAGAAAUAUCAGCUACGAAAAUUUGUCAAUAAAUCUUAUCUGCUGGACAAGAGAGCCUGUCGUCAAGUGUACUACAGUUUGAUUGAUAUCCUUCUGGCAUAUUGCUAUGAAACCCGUGUCACUGAAGGAGAGAAGAAUGUUGAAUCUGCAUGGAAUAUCAGGAAACUAAGUCCAACACUAUGCUGGUUUGAGACUUGGACUAACGUUCAUGAUAUCAUGGUGUCUUUUGGAAGAAGGGUGUUGUGUUACCCACUCUAUCGCCAUUUCAAGCUGGUGAUGAAGGCCUACAGGGACACUAUAAAGAUAUUGCAACUGGGUAAAAGUGCAGUUUUAAAGUGUCUCCUGGAUAUUCACAAAAUUUUUCAGGAAAAUGACCCAGCGUACAUACUGAAUGAUCUCUACAUCUCAGACUACUGUGUGUGGAUUCAGAAAGUCAAAUCCAAAAAGUUGGCAGCUCUUGCAGAAGCCUUAAAGGAAGUCUCCCUUACAAAGGCCCAGCUGGGGUUAGAACUGGAAGAACUAGAAGCAGCAGCACUGCUUGUCCAGGAGGAAGAAACUGCAUUAAAAGCAGCCCAUUCAGUUUCUGGGCAGCAGACACUUUGCUCCAGCUCUGAGGCAAGUGAUUCGGAGGACUUGGACAGCACCGUGUCAUCUGGAAACGAAGACUCAGACUCAGAUUCAGAACAAGAUGAACUCAAAGAUAGUCCAUCUGAGGCAGUCAAUUCUUUGCAAGGUCCCUUUCUUGAAGAAAGCAGUGCCCUUCUUAUUGUUGAUGGUGGAGUACGCAGAAACACAGCCAUCCAGGAGUCUGAUGCCAGUCAGGGAAAGUCACUUGCCUCUUCCCAGCCUCUUGGAGUGUCUGGGCCUCUGAUAGAGGAGCUUGGGGAACAACUGAAGACUACAGUUCAGGUUUCUGAACCCAAGGGCACCACUGCUGUAAACCGCAGCAAUAUGCAGGAGAGAGACGGCUGUCAGACACCAAAUAAUUGACUCUUAGGUGGUUUUAUUCAUUGUUGAGAAAUACGGUAGAUUUGGUUUCAUUUACCAAAUGAGAAUUCCUCAUUUUCACUUUGUAAUUUUUCUUAGUAUAUAGUCAGCCCACUGUAUUUGUGUGUUCCACAUCUGUGGAUUCAACCAACUGCAGAUCAAAAAUAUUUAAGAAAAAAUCGCAUCUGUACCAAACAUGUACAGACUUUUUUCUUGUUAUUAUUCUCUAAAUAAUACAGUAUGACAACUAUUUCCACAGUAUUUACAUUGUAUUGGGUAAUAUAAGUAAUCUAGUGAUGAUUUAAAGUGUACAGGAGGAUGUGGGUAGGUUAUAUGCAAAUGCUGCACCAUUUUUUAUCAGGGACUUGAGCAUCUGAGGAUUUUGGUAUCCUCAGGAGUCCUGGAACCAACCCCCCACAGAUACGGGGACAACUUUAUGACAUUGUCUUUCAAUCAGUGAAUGUUUAUACCUUUUGUUUUCCUUGCUGCGACUGUGAAGAUAAAGUUCAAAAGUAUUUUUACCAAAGUGUAGCUAAUAUUUCAAGCUGAAAAUAAUAGUUCUACUGCCAGUGUCUCGAGAAUGUAGAGCCCAUCAAUAUUUUUAUUUUAGGAGGUGUACUUGACAUCCGAUAAACUGCACAUAUUGGAAGUGUACAAUGUGUUGGCAUAUGUAUACCCUGCAUAAAACUAUCACCGCAAUUGAAGUGAGGAACGGACCCAUCAUUCCCAAGUGUCCUUGUGCCCUGUUAUUAGUUUGCAUGUCCUAGAAUUCUAUGUAAAUUGAAUCAUACAGUAUAUAUCCCUUUUUUGGUCAGGCUUAUUUUAGUCAGUAUAGUUAUUUUGAGAUUCAUCCAUGUGGUAGCAUGUGUCAAGAGUUUUUGUUUUUAUGUUUUUCAUUGCUGAGUACUACUUCAUUGAAUAGAUUUGUUCAUUGACCUAUCAGUGGACACCUGGGUUGUUUCCAGUUUGGGGCUGUUAUAAAUAAAGCUGUUAUGAACAUUUGUAUACAA